AUGGCGUCAACAGCGCGGCCAUCUAUGUAUGACUCAGAAAAUCAGCAUCGUCGGUUAGGCCCUCUACAGGACCAGGAUGAAGAUUGGAGUGAUUCUGCGAGUGAUGAACAAUCGAAGCAGAACAAGUCUCCCCAGCGCAAUUCUAAGCUUAGGCGUAAGCUGCCCGAACACUAUCGACAACAUACAAGCGAGUCCGCUUCUCAAUUCCCCGACGAUUCCUAUAUAAGGCAAGCUCGCAACGCUACUGUGCCUUACAGCAAUAACUACGAUCCCAGCCACUCUCCCUCUUAUCAAGCACAUUCAAACUCUCCUAUGCAAUAUCUCCCAUCACCCGCCUCGCAAGUACUCCCAGAACAUCCUGGCUGGUAUAAAUAUCCAAGACAAGGUGGCUAUCUCUCUGUUCCUCGAACCAGAAAUCCUUUCGCGCAGCCGUCCGGCCGAUCCCCAUACGGCCAUUCUUUCGGAGGAUAUCCCGAAUCGGGUUAUGGUUUCGAUGACUACGAUUACGACCAGGAGAUCCCACCGCCUCCAGAAUACCCAGCACAAGAUCCCCUAAGAACUCCAGUUAGGCCAAGAGAACCUCAAAUCCCAGACGUCCAGCCAGAGCGCGAUACGGAAAAUUUGUAUAGAGAUGAGGUAGGGAAGAAGCCGCGCAAUAAGAGAUCACCAACGUCGAAGAAAGCAAAGACUUUGCCUGAAGAUAGGGUUACCAACGCUGAAAUCAUGGAUAUGCUGAGAAGGAAAGAAAAGGCAUUACCUGAGGAUACCGUUACUAAUGCUGAAAUUAUGGAUAUGCUGAGAAGGAAAGAAAAGGCAUUACCUGAGGAUACCGUUACUAAUGCUGAAAUUAUGGAUAUGCUGAGAAGGAAAGAAAAGGCAUUACCUGAGGAUACCGUUACUAAUGCUGAAAUCAUGGAUAUGCUGAGAAGGAAAGAAAAGGCAUUACCUGAGGAUACCGUUACUAAUGCUGAAAUUAUGGAUAUGCUGAGAAGGAAAGAAAAGGCAUUACCUGAGGAUACCGUUACUAACGCUGAAAUUAUGGCGAUGCUAAGAAAGAUUCAGCAAGAAGUUAAAGAAAAUGCCGAAAUCCGAUCCGACCCAGGAAGGCAAGAAUACCGUGGACGCCGAAACUUAUUGCCCACAAGUCAGUUCUUACUCGACGAUAGCACUUCGGUGGAGACUGAGAGACAAAAGAUUUGUGAGCUCAAGGGCAUUAUUCAUCGUCUCCUCGAGGAUCGACGGAAUCAGGAAUACCAAGACUCAUACGCAGGAUCAUCAAGAAGCUUCGCCGAUUCUCAUCACAAUAGAAUUGAAGUGGAUCACAGAGAAUCAGUGCUGAUGCGUCAGCGCGAUUUGCAAAGCCUUGAAUCGAAGCUUAAUCACAUAAUUGAACAUCUCGAAAUGGGGAUUUCACCUCUUCCACAGCAACUGCUAGGGACUUACAACAACAGACAAGGCUAUCAUGUUCCAAGACACCAAGCAUCUCCUGUUUGGGAUCCAUCUACGCUGGAACCAACUUCACCAACUUUAAGCCGACCGCCAUCACGGCGUAAGGAGUACACCCAGCCCACAGGAGAUCAGCGGCAAGAUACACAAGCAUCAAACGAAGCCCGACUUCGACAGCAGCCUUCCUGUAUACCAGAGGCAGAAGAGUAUCUUGAGGCGUGUGGAGAUCCCCGAGUUCCGAUUCGUGGAUCAAUGCAGGGAAGACCUCUAGGCCCAAACAGGAGCAAUGGGUCGCGAAGCAGAGUAUGGAGUCAACCAUCCGUUGGCCAAAGAAGUGAACUCCGGGGAGUAGGUGGAAGGAUUGUGCCAGGUGAUCAGCAUAAAGUAACACCGGGUCGUGACCCAAUUGUUGAAUUCGAAGAUGAACUAGAGUCAGAAGAAGAACCUGUUAGGGAUCGGACACGGAUGCCAUACCUCCGAAGGCCGAGGGCACCUGAACCACCAGCACAGUCGGAUUGGAGAAACAUGUAA